AUGCUGCCUUCCCGGUCCAUGGAGAAAGCGCCAUGUAUCGUCCAUGCACCUCAAGUGCACGCUGCACGCGUACCUGCAGUGCGCUCCGUGCAUGCCGAAGGCAGUGGAUUUUCGGCGCCCAGCAAGACCUCAAGAUUCGUGUUGGCGACCGCCCUUGCAGUGCAGACGCGUUCCUUGCAACGGAAGAGGUUGGCCUUAUCCGCUCGCGGGGGAGACUUCGCCAUUAUUCGCUUCCGUAUCCCUGGGCUGGAUGAUCUUACCAUGCUGCCGCGGGUGAUCACCGGAGUCUGUUUGACCUUGUUGAUCUACAACAGAGCAACAACCACAGGUGAUGUGGACAAUUUUCGCCAGGUCAGUGAAGUCUUAGCCCUCACCUUUUCUGCCCUUGCUUGGUCGAUCCCAUGGGUUGGUGGACGACUGGAAGAAGCAGCGCGUCGGCAGGUCUCGGCUAAGCCAAGCAGCCGGCAGCCGGGAUCCAUACAAACUCUGGCCAUCAAAAGUGACUUAGCUUCAGAUGUGCAAGUUGAUAUCUCUUGGAUAAGCUCAGUUCUACUGAGAUUGACCAACGCAGAUGGCUUGGUGAUUUGGCAUGAUGGCAAAACCAUCUGCAGCCGGGGCAUUUUGAAGCGACUGCAAGGCUUCGCUUCGGGGGCUGAAUUUGUUCUCAGAGGUUUGGACCAGGUUUGGCAACCAGACACCGCCGCCGUGGAUGGUUAUUGUGCCACCAAACGCGGCCUCGUCAGCUUUCCCAGCCAGCUGCUGCCCGAGCGUGUGCUUCCAGCAGACACUGAGGCGGCAGUGGUGAAACCGCUGCCCGGGGGUGGGCACCUCAUCCUGUGGUCCGGAAGACCAAGGGCCUUCGAUAAAGAGGCGGAUCGUCAAUGGGUGGCCAAUGCAGCCGCCAAGCUGGGGCUGCUGCUGAAUGAAGCUGGAGAUGAGCCCUUUGAAGCCACAGAAGAAAUGUGUUUUGAAGAUGAUUUACCCGUGCCACUGGAGGAAAAUGAAGAUUCGAGUAUUAGAGACCCCUUUGCGAGAUUCGACACUCAGAUACGAAUCACUCCGACGAUCUUUGGAAUGAUUGGCCUGGGAGUGUUGAUCUUGAAUCGACAAUCCUUGGUCUUCUCAGAAGCGUCAAGGUAUGGUGUUGAUCCAGCGCAGACCCGAGCUGAUCUUUGCGCUGGAGUCCUUUCGGUGACGCUCCUCCUUCAAGGGCUGGUGUGGAUCAGUGAAACGCCCAAGAGUCCAGACAUUGAGGACACUUCAGAAUGGGAGGACGCCAAGAACGUCUUGUGGGUGGACAAAAGCAUCACACAGCGCACCAGUGAGGAGUUGCUCUGGGCUUGGAGUGCUUUCAGUCGAGCGACAAGGGCAUCUUCAAUGGCCAUCUUUUGGAAAGGGAAGUGUGUGAUGCAGGGAGGACUAUUCCAGCCCGGCAUGCGACCAGUGCAGAGGGACUUUUGCCAGGAGGUCAUCACCAUGGGAAAAGGACGCUACCUGGCGCAGCUCAACAACUAUCCAGCAAAGGAAGAGUUUCUGGACUUUCUGCCCGUAAAAACGCAGGUGUGGCUGCGCCUAUAUCAGGAAUUACUGGUCCUUCCGUGUAAGUUUUGCUGGGACCCUAACAAUCAGAGUGUAUCCGAAGUCCAGUGGUCGGACAGAUUCCCUGAGAACUGCAGGGAUUGCUGCUGACCCCGUUGCGGCCUGCCAGAAAUGCGCCAGCCGCUGGCCUCAUGGUUUUGGGUCUUGAUGCGAUGCGUGGCUUUGGCAAGGUUGAUCAAGCGUGGGCUUCUGCAGUUGGAGAGAAAUUGGCAGUUAGCCUCCAAGAAGAUUGACUUGUUUCAAAACAUAAAUAUACAUG